GAUUCUGAUCUGUGAUUGGCGAACAAUUCAUUUGUUCUUCGAUUGGCUGAUUCCUACAAAGUAUUGCAUUUGGAUUGGGCAGCUGUAUUCGUUCAGGUGGAGAAGACGGUUUCCUAUUGGUUCUGAACAUCACAGUCUGUCGUAAAAUAACAUAUUCCCCGAUUGGCGGAAAAUUUUCUUAAACCUGAUUGGACAGAUGGAAAACUAUGUAUCUCUUCAUUGGUAUUUUUAUUUUGUUUUGCCAUUAGCUUAUUUUACCUCCCGCCGCUUAUUCAUUGGCCGCACAAAAUACCUGCGUCUCAUAACUCUGUUACGAUUGGUGAUUUGUAGACUUUUUUGUAUCCAAUCAGAUGUUGGUCUGACUCUGCCGCCAGGGCGUGUGUUAUCUGAUUGGUUGGACCGACUUCACUUUUAACUUUGAAAAAUACCCGCUUGCAUUUCCUGCUGACAUGUUUGGGGGCAUGACCAACCUGAAGCAGCGGCGCAGGAAAUGGAAGACCAUCAGGAAGCGCCGUGCGAGGCAGCGGAGCAUAGCCGCGGAGAGCCCCAGAGCAGCCGUCGUCCCUGCACACGAGUGCCCUGCAGACCCAAUGGUUGAGUGCAGUGCUGGUGAGAAGGUUGUAACGUGGUGGGCUCCAGUCACCAGUGUCAACAUUCUCUCCAACCUCCUGCUGGCCGUAUCCUCUCUGUACUGGGGCUGGAGGUCCCGGCUGAUUAAGGUGUGUUCCAGGCUGUGGGGUGCUCUGUUCCCCUCCCGGGUGUGUCUGCAGGAGAUGAACGUUUUGCAGCAGAGGGUGGAUGAGCUGCAGGUGGAGAUGGCCAGACUGCGCAGCGCACUGCAGCUGAGUGGAGCGGUGAAUGUAGUGUGCUCUUGCCAGGCUCCUGACACUAGGGGCUGGGCUAUUUCCUCUCUGCUGCUGCCACCACCUCACACCCCGUCUGUUAAGGGACACGGCAUGCAGCUCCCGGCACUGGCAGCCCUCCCCCCAGCUCCUCCUCCUCCUCCACCCCCUCCCCCUCCCCCUCCCCCACCUGCGCUGCCCCCGCCGAAGCCACUGCAAAUCCAGAAGAAGGCUGGGAGCACCACAUCACGCCAGAGUGCUGCAGUGAAACAGGUUGGUCCAGCUGCAGUGACCCUCAGGGACCUGCUCAACGUGAAGCUGAGGAAAGCAAAUGCACCUCUCCACAAGCCCCAGGUAGAGGAGGACUGCCCUGGCUUGGAUACCAGAGCUGCGACUUCACGGCAAAAACCAUUCUGUCAUUCAAAAGGGAAAGAUUUGUCUUGUCAGGCGAUCUCUCCUGAGAAGAAGCGUGCCCCACUGAUAACGAUGUCGGACCUCCGGAGAGUCAGCCUGAGAUCCUCGCACACCGACCUGCCUCUCAAAAUCGGGCUGCACAGGACCCCCAGUAAGAGCCCUCUGAAUUUGCGCAAGCACCUGAAGAAAGUGAACAUAGACAGGAGCCCUGGGGGGACCCCGCUGUACGAGAAGGAGAACAGGGAGACUGGCACCGGCCUCACACCCAUCAUGACGCAGGCGCUGCGCCGCAAGUUUCAGAUGGCUCAUCCUAAAAGCCCUUCUCCUUCGAACCGGCCUGUGAACAGGAGUUUUGAUGACACAAACCACUAAACUACUGCACUUUAUUUGAUUUGUUUAUUUAUUAUUAACUGUGGUGGUGGUGCUGCUGGCAGCCAUUCCAGUGCUUUAUGAAAGCUGCCGACAGCAAAGGGAAUCUCCACUGCUGCACGACCAGGUUUUAUACGCAGUUCAGGGGCGUGGGAAGCCACUUCUCCUUGUCCUGCAUCCACUCCUGUUUUAAAACAUUUUAUACGCUUCAUUUUUUUAUAUUGAGUUGUGUUAAUGAAUAAUCAGGGUUCUGUUAAGAACGGGUAUAUGGCUGCAUCUGUAAAUCUGUCUGAAAGGACAGUCAUGCGGUUCUGUCGAUAUAUUCAAAACUCACUGUUGGUUUCAAACCUCAAUUAGCUCUAAUCUUGGACUGCUUUACCUAAGGUAACAUUAGGUAGUCCAACGUUAGUGCUAAUCGGGGUCUGUGAAUUUAGAGUGAUUUCCUGAUGUGGCAUGUGGUCUUUUUAUUAAACGUGACUGAUGCAGCUGCUUAAUCAUAUUGAUAUUGGCAGGGAAUCUACCAUAUAAACCAUGUGGGGAAUAGGCACCUGUAGUCUACUUUUUGCAUCAGUUAGAGGCCCCCGUUGCACAGGAAGAAACCUGUUUAAAAAACUAAAAAAAAAAGAAAAAUAAAAAAAAUCUAACCUGUAAUAAUAAUCACCUGGGUGGUUGUUUACUUUGGAAAGGUUUUCAUAACACAUCUCGUAUCCUUUUAAACUGUACGUGUUAUUAGGUAUGCAUUGAAUGUAACAUUGCACACUUAAUAAUUAUCUGAAUACUCAUUCUCAUUCAGUUCAACAGUACUGUAUUUGCAGCGUGUUUGUGAAAUGCGUUUUUAAAUACCCUCGGGAUUGUUUUAUCAAUGCUAUGCAAUAAACAAUGUAUUGAA